CCCAAUCCAGCACGUCUCAUGCAAGCAACUCUCUGAAGACUCAAACAGUUGUGACGCAUUUCUCCAGCGCCUGGCUGAAAAGAGCUUAGCUUCGUAAUGCGCCUCCUUGAUGCCUGUGAUAGUUUCCAAGUACAGCCUCGUCAUGCAGUCAACGAUUCGUCUUUAUCAUUCCUUCAGCAGCUGCCAACAGGCUGUCCUUAGCUUCUUGGUGCCUUGCUUCUCCUCAUUACUUAUUUAAAUUGGUGAGUCAGUUUGAGCGCUCCCAAACUACAUAAACCGCUAGACUUCGAAUGCAACAAACCCAAAUCAUGGCAUCACUGAGCUCCAAACGCAAAGAGAAAGCUUAAGUCUUCCAAAGAGCAUUUCAAUAUAUUCUGAUGCCCUUUAGCGCUGCAAACCACGGUCGACUUAGACGCUUUGUUCAGCGCGUGCGCACUCGCGUACAGAACCACUCUAACAGAUCUCAUAUUUGGAAGACCCAAAUGAAGAAUAACAGAAUUUGCUGCAUCAUAUGCAGCGAUAAAUCUGGUGAAAACGUGGUACUCAGUCAGCCUUGUAAGGCCUGCAUGUCAUAUUGGUGCCAAUCGUGCCUUAGUGAACAUUGCGAAUUUGCAACCAGGUCAAUCACGGAUAUGCCUCCAAAGUGCUGUAUUGCCCUAGAUCCCCGAAUCGUCCUUCAAUUUUUACCAGAAACCAAUCAUGAUAGAUACAAGAGGCUAUUCCUGGAAUACAGAACAGAAGCCAAGGAUCGAGUCUACUGUCCGAAUAGCAAUUGUACCACCUUCAUAUCGCCUUACGAGAUCAGAAAACAACAAAUCUCUUCUGGUGAAUGCCUUGAAUCAAAAACAGCAGUGCCGCUGAACCAACUCCAGUCCGAAGUCGUUCAUAGACGACAAGAUUCGGCGAUGGCGAAUCAAGAUUUGCCCAUAAUCCAAUGUCCAUCGUGCAAGACUGAAAUCUGCAUAAGAUGCAAGAAAAAUUCACAUGAAGGCGCUUGCCGUCUUGAAGAUGAUCCGGUUGUCGCUCAGAUUCGCAAGUUUGGCUAUAAGCGGUGUCCUAGAUGUGGAUAUGGGACACGAAGAAUGUGGGGUUGCAGUCACAUGCAGUGUGUUUGUGGUGCUCACUGGUGCUGGAACUGCGAACGUAACUAUAAUGUGUGUGACGCUCUCGGAGGCUGUGAUAAUGACGACGAUGGCGAUGAUGACGAUUCUAACUUGGAAGACCCAGAAGAAGGCACUGAGAUUGCUGACGGUGAGGCCAAAACGGAUCCAGAAGAGACAGGACACAAUUUGGAAGGAAUCAAUAACCCUGAAUCUACUACCCAAAAUUUAGACCGGGGAUCACAUGCGUAUUGGGAAAGGCAAGGUUUGAACUUUGGCGAUGAGCCCAGUUCUAUGGAAUCUGAAGAGACAUGGGGUUGCCCUCACGAUUUUGACCAGCCAAUGGAGAAAGCCGGGGAUGACCUUGGGAAACAAUUAUGCUGGGACUGUUGGACAACAAUCGAUGAGCAAUACUUAAAAUGUUGGAUGUGUAACCUUGUACGUUGUAAAGACUGCCAGAAGCUCUUGUAGCUAUCCAAGACUCCUCCAAGAAGCUUUGUAUUUACAUAAGAGGAAGAGCGACACAUUACUUACAUAACUACUCUGUACAACCACAGCGUCUCACAUAUGCUUUUCGAACAUGAGCUGAAUUUGCCUUUAUGAGAUAUAGAAAAGAAAAGAGC